AUGCCCUCAUCCCCGCAUUCCAGUGCCUCCUCCCUCUCCACCAUCCCAACCGAGCACCCCAGCUUCGAACCCGUGCGCACCCCCAGCACCAGCCUCCAUCAGACCCAGAGCAACGUUGCCAUCUCGCGCAUCCAAUCCCUCCGCCUCACCCAUGAAUCAACCGUCGGCUCCCGCCGAGGCAGCACCCGGACGCCGCGCGAGCAAUGGCUCCCCAUGGGCGGUGGGAAGGAGUUUCCCCCGCAUCUCCCGGACCCGGAUCAGUAUGUCGUCGAGUUCCUCGACGAGAAGGAUCCGAUGCAUCCGCAUAGUUGGGCAACGGGGACGAAAAUCCUCCUCUCCGCAAUCCUAGCCUACGUGACAUUCGUCUCCUCCUUCGCCUCGGCCAUCUUCUCCUCGACCGUCACCGCCAUCAGCGAACAGUUCCACAUCAGCACCGAAGUGGCCGUCCUAGGCGUGACCCUGUACGUCCUGGGCUUCGCCGCCGGCCCGACGCUGUGGGCGCCCCUAUCCGAACUCUACGGCCGCCGCUGGCCCAUCACCGCCGGCAUCUUCGGGUACAGCGUGUUCACGAUGGGGACGGCGACGGCCAAGGACGUGCAGACGAUCAUGCUCACGCGAUUCUUCGCGGGGCUGUUCGCCGCCAGCCCGCUGGCCAUCGUCCCCGCGGCCUUCGCGGACAUCUACAACAACCGCACGCGCGGCAUCGCGAUCGCCAUGUUCGCCAUGGCCGUGUUCGUGGGACCCUUCGCGUCGCCCUUCACGGGCGGAUUCAUCACCAUGAGCUAUCUGCACUGGCGCUGGACCAUGUACAUCGCCAGCAUCAUGGGCUUCCUGGGGUUCACGCUCCUGCUCCUCUUCUACCGCGAGACGUACGCGCCCGCGCUCCUGCAGCAGAAGGCGGCGAUCGUGCGCCGGCAGACCCGGAACUGGGGCAUUCACGCCAAGCAGGACGAGGUGGAGAUCGAUCUGCGCGAGCUGAUCACCGUCAAUUUUAGCCGCCCGUUUCGGAUGCUCUUUACCGAGCCGAUUGUGUUUCUGGUCACCCUGUACAUGUCGUUCAUCUAUGGCCUGAUGUAUGCGCUGCUGUCGGCGUACCCCGUGGUGUUUCAGGAGAUUCAUGGGAUGAACCUGGGGGUGGGCAGUUUACCCUUCAUCGGGCUGAUUAUUGGCGAGUUUGCCGGAGGGACGUACGUGUUAAUGAGUCAGGGGAGCUACACGAAGAAGUUGAUUGCCAACGGAGACGUCCCGGUGCCGGAGUGGAGAUUACCCCCGGCGAUUGUAGGCGGUGCGGCGUUCACAAUCGGAUUAUUUUGGUACGGCUGGACGGGCUGGACACAGUCGAUCCACUGGAUGGCCCCAACCGCUUCUGGAGUGUUCACCGGCUUCGGAAUAUACUGCAUCUUCUUGCAGUGCUUCAACUAUCUUAUUGACUCUUAUCUGCAAUUUGCUGCCUCGGUGUUCGCCGCCAACACUAUCCUCCGGUCCGCGGUGGGCGCAUGCUUCCCCUUGUUCGCCAAGCAGAUGUUCGUCAACCUGGGGGUGCAAUGGGCAGGCACCUUACUGGGAUGCCUCGCCGCGAUCAUGAUUCCCAUCCCACUGGGAUUCAUCCUGUAUGGCCCAGCACUGCGGCGAAAGAGUAAAUUUGCGCCAUCGCCCGUAGUCUUCCAGGAGAAAGCUUGUUGAUAAGCACACGUGAAAAUGUUCCGUAACAGAUUAGAAACCUACUUCAUUUGGUUGCUCAUUUAGUUGCUUCUUAGCCUGCAGUUUUCCGGCGGUUGCCAAGGCUGGCCACCAGUUUUUCCGCCGCUUAGCGAAGUAACCCUAGCCGAUAACAAUCAGGAGAUAUUCACUGCAACGAUGCUGAUUGCCUGGAGGCGAAUUGCCAAGCACGCCACCCAUGGACAGAGCAGCCAGUCCAGUCUGGAUCCAUUCCUUUGCCAAGCUGCCAAGAUGAUAAGGAGAAAAUUUCCCACACGUUGCUUUCCCGAUCGCGUGCGGGUGCUUAUCACUUGGCCUCGUUCCCCGGCUCCCGCGACAUUUUUUUCGCCGCUUCUGCCUGACAGACCACAUAUAAUCCCUGGUUCCCCGGGCUUGGGGGGAAAGCUGUCAGCGUUGUCUUGUUUUUUUUAAUUUUCAUUCCUCGAGCUUGUCUCGCAGCAGAUUG